AACAAACAGAUCUAAAACCCACACUGACACUCCCCACUUUCUCUCUCUAGCUUCCACUUCUCUCUCUAGAAUCACAAGCCAGUCAUAAUGUUGAGACUUCACAACUGUAUUUCAGUUGUGUCGGUUAUUACAUUUUGUUGGGUGGUGUUUGUGGAAGGGUCAGUUCAUGAUUAUAAUGGUGAGAAGUUUAUAGCUAAAGGUAAUGCCUUUGUUGUUCAUGGUGGUAGUGAAGGGAUUUACUCUUCCACUAGUAAAGAUCUUAAUGAGAGUAAUUCUGUUCUUGCUAAUGGGGAAGCUUAUAUACGUUUUGAAAAGAUCAAGUUCCGGAGACCGGAAGACUUUGCUAACUUUACCUCGGGUUCAGUACAAGUUAUCGUCUUUGAAGUAGAAGAUAGAGAGACAGUUGGAGGUUCAGCCUAUGGAGGUCAAAAAGCUAUCUGUUGUACAGGUGAUCUUGCUAAAUUGGGUGCUUGCUCACAAGGAGAUAUAAUUUAUCGCCCUUCAACGAAGAAUCCUAGCUGGCCUCAUGUCUUUGGUGUUCCAUUUAAUGAAAAUGAGGUGGUUGCCACCUUGCCAUCGAGAUCUAUACAGAUUACUAAGACUGGAAUGUAUAAUUUGUAUUUCAUGCAUUGUGAUCCUAAUCUCAAAGAGGUAUUCAUCGAGGGGAAAACUAUAUGGAAAAACCCUACUGGCUAUUUACCUGGUAGAAUGGCGCCGCUAAUGAACUUCUACGGGUCCAUGUCCCUUGCUUUUGUUUUACUCGGAGUAUUCUGGUUCUAUCAAUAUGCAAGAUUUUGGAGAGAAGUUUUUCCGUUACUAAAUUGCAUUACAGUGGUGAUAACACUAGGCAUGUUUGAGACGGCUCUCUGGUAUUUUGACUAUGCCAAGUUCAAUGAAACCGGAGUUCGCCCAGUUGGCAUCACUAUCUGGGCAGUCACUUUUGGCGUGGUUAAACGUACUGUUGCUCGUCUUGUAAUUCUCAUGGUCUCAAUGGGUUUUGGUGUUGUGAGACCUACCUUAGGUGGCCUCACAUCAAAGGUGCUUAUGCUUGGCAUGACCUUUUUCUUGGCCUCUGAAGUUCUUGAAUUGGUUGAGAAUGUAGGCGCUGUUAGUGAUAUAUCUGGGAAGGCAAUGCUGUUUUUAGUUCUUCCUGUAGCUAUGUUGGAUGCUUUCUUCAUUCUUUGGAUAUUCAAGUCCCUUUCAGCAACUUUGAAUAAGCUUCAGGCUAGGCGGAUGUUGGUCAAGCUGGAUAUUUACCGGAAAUUUACGAAUGCUUUGGCAGUAGCAGUUAUUGUGUCCGUGGGUUGGAUAUGUUAUGAGUUGUAUUUCAAGUCAAAAGACGUUUACAACGAAAACUGGCAGAACGGUUGGAUCAUCCCAGCUUUCUGGCAAGUCCUUUCGUUUUCUCUUCUAUGCAUCAUUUGUAUUCUUUGGGCUCCUUCUCAGAACUCAAUGCGGUAUGCUUACUCUGAUGACGUGGGUGAAGAGUUCGACAGAGAUGACAGUUCUUUGACACUCAUCAAGCCAUCCACAGCACCAUCGAAGGAUUUCCGAAGUGCACCAGAAAGUAGACCAGUACAAGCUAACAACGGUGCAUCUAAUGGCGAUCUGGAAGAAGACAAGACCGAGUAAAAUAUAUCGUAAACAGCAUGCAAUCAUACACGGAAGGCUUAAUUAUGCAAUCCCUCUUGGUCCUUGAAGCCAUUUUGAAAUUUCUUUAUAUAGGUUCAGAGUCAAUGGCUAGGAAAAAUCAUUUUAAAAUAUCCAAUAGAAGCUCAUUCUUAAUUUGUUGAUGAUGUUAUAGUGUAAUUGUCACAGUAAUUUGAUGAGUUCGGUCACAAAUGUUAUAGAAAAAACAAUUAAUUUGUUAA